AUGUGGCAGUUGCUGGGCGGACAUGAGGCCAAUGAGGCCGGGCUGGCUGUGACACAAGGGGUGAAGAAGGCCCUUCUGGAGGAGGUUGCCGCCCGGGAAGUGGCCUUGGCCUCAGCUGGCGGUGUAGCACGCCUCUUUUGCCUCCCUGACGAGCCUCGCACACCACUGCGGCGCCUCAAAGCAAAGGACGUCGAUUUGACUCCUGAGAAGUUGGCCGCACCCACAAGUCUGGAGGAGAGGCAACGCCGUCGGCGCAAGGAGGGGAGAUGCACCUUUCAGCCGGCGACGUUGCGUGAGCUCUCAGCUCACCAGGCGAAGGUCCACAUGUAUCGGAUGGAUGUCAACGACGAGGAGGCCUGCACUUCCUCAGGCACCACCUGGGACGACGUGCACUUCUUCGCUGAACGAGGCGCAUCAAGCAUGCAUGCUUCUUGCCUUGUUCGGGAUGGGACAGGAUGGGACGACCAGGGGAGGAUAGGGUGCGUCGGGGAGUUGGAGCCCGUCACUUGUGGACUGCUUGUGGACGACCUCGCUUCCGAUGCAUAUUCCGAUGCCCAGUCGUUCACCGUUGAUGAGGCGGCCGUUUUUUGUGCCGCAAAGGGCAAGUGCAGCUCACGUUGCCAGUUCCCAGACAUAGUGGAAGAGUAUGAAGGUCUCUGGGAACAGCUUGGCUCUGGAGUUGAGGCACUGAUGGCUUUGGAGUUCACGCAGCGGAGUUGUGGAGAUGAGUUUGCGAUGCUUUUCGUCGAGUGCAGCGAGUGCCUAUGGAACCCCUUUGCGCUCGUGAUGUGCCUUGGCUGCCUUGGCUUGCAUGGUGUGCCAGAGAUACUCCGCUGGCGCACGACAUCCCGUGAGACCAGACACCCGAAGGCUUUGCUGGCACAUGUGGCUGAGAUGGGCAGCUUGGAGAGGUCCACCGCCACUGUGUCCUUGCAUACUGCGCUGAAGAACCAAGAGGCUUUCGAUGCUGACCAUGCCGGCCAGCAGAAGCUCUUCGAUUGUGGGCGCUGGUGCAUGGCCUUGGCCAGUGCUACAUUGACCCAUUUACCUGCCAGUGACACGCGCCGCAUUGUUGAGGACAACCUUCGAAGCUUGUUUCGGCAGUGCCGCGAUCCUGACGACAUUGCGCACUCACCUGCCUUGCGGACACUUCUAGUUUAUGGGGAGUGCGCCCUUCCUUACGUGCAGCAGCUGAUCGCGAACACCAUGCUGGGCUUCAUUGAAGCGAGCCUAUCAACGUCUCCACUAAACUACGACGCGGUGCUGGAUUUCAUGGUGCACCUUCAAGUGGUACUGCGCUCAAUGACGAAGUGUCAGCGGCAGAAGUGGGUCUCCCUGACGGUCAGAUUCUUAGCCGCCCUCGCAGCUCUGGACUUGGACCUUUCUAGCAUCUGUAGCGUCGUGGUUUACGACUUGAUCUGGCUCUGGCGAGUUGACGAGGACCCCAGGCGCACCUAUGCAUCGGUAAUGCCGAAGCUGCGCGAGUUUUUGCAGUCGCCGAGCUUCCACGAGUUCGUGCCCGACUUGAAACGCCUUCUUCUACUCUACUGA